AUGCAGUUAGGUGAAGUAUUGGAGCUCGUGAACACAGAUUUGUGCGAUGGAAGUCCUCAGAUCGAUCCACUGCAAGAAGAGGUAGACACGGAGUUUGUGCCUCCCUCGGACCUGGACCUUUUUCUGCGAGCCGCUCGGUAUUACACCCAGUGCUCGGCGCUGCUCUUGAGCUACGUCCCAGUCUAUUUGAAGAGCGCCUGGAGCAGAGAUCAUGAUGCAACGAGUGCCCUAGAGGAAGAAUGGCAUCAGAAGCAUGAAGCAGGUGCAAGAAAAAUUGAAGGGCUCAUCAAGGAGCUCAAAGGCUUCUAUGUGAAAGUUGGACAACUGAUUGCGACACGGAGCGACCUCUUCCCACAGGAAUACUCUCGUCAGUGUGCAUCAAUGAUCGAUUCGGUGAAUCCCCUGCCUUUCCCCGUUAUCCGCAAAGUCGUGGAAGACGAGUUGUUGGGUGGCUUGCCCCUAACGGAGGUCUUCGAGAGCUUCGACGAGCGGCCGCUCGGCAGCGCAUCAAUUGCCCAGGUGCACCGGGCACAGCUCCGUGGUGGCCGAGAGGUUGCGGUGAAAGUUCAGCGGCCGAACGUAGAGCGACGGCUCAUGAGCGACAUAGGUGUGAUUAAGCAAUUCUCGAUGGUUACGCGCGAGAUCUUUCCAGUCGACUACUACCUCGUAUGCAGCGAGCUUGAAGAACAACUUCAAGAUGAGUUCAAUUUUAUGGCAGAGGCAAACGGAAUGGAUCGGAUUGCAGACGCCUUGGACCGGAAUAGACGCCGCCCUCCUGUCCAAGUGCCCAGGAGUAUCCCAGGCCUGACCUCAAAACGAGUUCUUUGCAUGGAUUUUAUUCCUGGAGCGCCACUUUCACAGCUGCGGGAAGAAUUGAAGCGACGUGGCAUUGAGAUUGAGCCGGGUUCCUUAGCCGAGCAGGUAUUUGGGCGAAAGCUCCUUUCUGCACUCACAGAAGCCUUUGGGGUCAUGGUCUUUGAGGAGGGGUUCUUCCAUGCCGACCCACAUCCUGGCAACAUCUUCAUCAGGCCGGACGGUUCGAUAGCAUUGAUUGAUUUCGGCCAGACCAAGCAGAUCAAUUUCAAGUUCCGCAAGCAGGUUGCUGAGCUGAUGGUGAAGGUGGCACAGUACAACUCCUUGGACCCGGACUCAGAGCAGGCCAAGGAGUGCCUAAAGUCAUUGGGUGACUUUGCCAAGAGCAUGGGAGUGGAAUUUCUGCCCUCGGCUGGGCCCUGCUGUGCAGGCGCACUGGCCCUCUGGCUUUUUGACAGCAGCAGAAGACAGUUGCCUGAUGGCUAUGAAGCCAAUGAGCUGUCGCCCAAUUGCCCUGUCCGCGAUGUUGCAUCGUUUCCGAGGGAGUUCGUGCUCCUUUGUCGCAUGACGCUGCUGAUUCGAGGUUUGGCCAUGCGGCUAAAUGUCGGCUGGUCGCUUGCUGAUGCCUGGCGAGACCAAGCCGAAAGCUUGUUGCAGGGACCCUUUGGAAGCGAUUGCGGAAGAUGA